AUGACGAUUCGCGUGUUGCUGCAGUCCAUUGAAAAGGGUGCGAUCCUCGUCGAUAACGCCGAACGCUACGUCCCGGUUGGCCGCGGGGUUGUGAUUUAUGUCGCCUUCCUGGGGGACGUGGACGACGCCGCGCUUGAGCAGGCCGUCGCGGCCCUCAUGAGUGGCAUCCUCCUCCGGCGCUCUUUGCCUGGCGGCGCUCCAAUGACCUCCACCGUGUCGCUGAACGACUGCCCUGACGCCGACAUUCUUGUCGUUCCGCAGGCUUCACUUGGUGGGAAACUCAAGGGUCACCGCGUCCAGUUCCACGCGUUGGUGGAAAAGUCACGGGGGUUGUGGUUGUAUGACCGCUUUUGCCAGCUUCUUCGGGCCGCGAGAGGCAUCGAUGCGUCCUCCGUGGACGCGAACGGGGUGGCGGCAAAGGAAGCGGUGGCUUCCCCAGCGUUCCCACAAGGGGGUCGUGUCAUUAACGGAACGUACGGCAAUCGUCAAGGGCUGAAAAUAGAGUCGGAAGGGCCGCUCACACACUUCUUGGAUCUUUGA